GCCCUCUCGCUCACUCCUGGGACUGUCAGUUUCGUCUUGCAACCUGAUUUUCCACUCCUCUGCGGCCUCUCCAGUCAUUGACACCAUCCCUCUAAUUUUCAACGUUGCACACGACCUUCUUCUCUUGCCAUCCAUCUCAGAGUCCUCUCCCUUUUUCUAUCUUUUAUCGCUUGUUAAGUCAUCCUUUGAUUACCUGUGUCCUCUCCACCUCUCCGGACGCCAUCAAUUCAUUCGCGCCACCUCCCUCAUCAAGUUCUGCAACCUGACCAUCUCCCACCGUUAACAAAGCUUAUGACAUCGACCCCUCCAAGUAUAUGAUUACACCCACAUACCAUCUCCAUCAUACUCUCAAGUGUUAGCCAGCAUGGGUCAGACUCUGUCCGAACCCGUGGUUGAAAAGCUAUCGGACAGUGGCGCAGAUGAUUGUCUCCUCUACGGCCUGUCGGCCAUGCAGGGGUGGCGCAUAAGCAUGGAAGAUGCGCAUGCCGCAGUACUCGACCUACAGCCCGAACAAUCUGGCAAAACGCAGAAACCCGCACCGCCCGACAAACGAUUAGCCUAUUUUGGAGUCUAUGAUGGUCACGGAGGUGAAAAGGUGGCUCAAUUUGCUGGCGACAAUAUACACAAGAUAGUGGCGAAACAAGAGGCAUUUGCCAAGGGUGACAUGGAACAGGCCUUAAAGGAUGGAUUUCUUGCAACAGAUCGUGCAAUUCUGAAUGAUGCACGGUAUGAAGAUGAAGUGUCGGGAUGUACCGCGUCGGUGGGCAUCGUCUCCAAAGACAAGAUCUGGGUUGCCAACGCAGGAGACUCUCGAACCGUCCUCGGUGUGAAAGGCCGGGCAAAGCCGCUCUCAUUCGACCACAAACCUCAAAAUGAAGGCGAAAAGGCUCGAAUCAGCGCCGCCGGUGGAUUCGUCGAUUUCGGACGUGUCAAUGGAAACCUGGCCUUGUCACGUGCCAUUGGAGAUUUCGAAUUCAAAAAGAGUCCUGACCUUUCUCCUGAACAACAAAUUGUCACAGCGUUCCCGGAUGUCAUCACCCAUGAGAUCUCGAGCGAUGAUGAAUUCCUUGUCAUUGCUUGUGACGGAAUUUGGGAUUGUCAAUCGUCCCAGGCGGUCAUAGAGUUUGUACGAAGAGGUGUUGCCGCGAAGCAGGAGCUACAUUCUAUUUGUGAGAACAUGAUGGACAAUUGCCUUGCGUCCAACAGCGAAACUGGAGGAGUGGGAUGUGACAACAUGACCAUGAUUGUGAUUGCAUUGUUGAACGGUAAAACCAAAGAAGAGUGGUAUGACUUAGUUGCGAAACGUGUGGCAGACGGUGAUGGGCCAUGCGCACCACCAGAGUACGCUGAGUUCCGUGGCCCCGGAGUGCGACAUCAGUUCGAUCACGACAGCCCAGAUGAAUACGAACUAGACCUGGACCACCGGGCCAGAGGUUAUGGUGGUCGCAACGGCAGGAUCAUCCUCCUCGGGGAUGGCACUGAAGUUCUGACCGAUUCAGAUGAUACCGAAAUGUUUGAUCAGUCAGAGGAGGAGAAAGACGCCACAAAUCAGGUGAAAAAAGAUACGCCCGACACCUCAGACAUGGACACGAACCGUAGCGAGCGAGAAGGUACCCCAGGCCCCCAGUCCGCCGACGAACAGGAGUCAAGCAAGUCGAGUCACCGAGACGCAUCUUCAGGUCCUGGCACACAGAUCAAAGCGGUGGCAGAUGAGCCGGGCAACAAGGCAACCUGAUAUGAUGCGAUUAUGUCUGACUUUAUAAGUUGAUUUUUUGACAGACGAAGGCAGAAGUCCCCCUUUAACCCUCCACCAAUCGAGAUGAGAUACCCUUUGAGACCCCGGUCAUCCUCUACGGGGACCUCGAACCGAGAAGAUGAUCCAUCUCUUGAUAUUACUCCCCUGUCGUCAUUGGCCCUCGGUUCCUUUCGUGUUAUUCGUCGUCGUUGUUCUUGAACAUGGGAGUGCGUGUCGAGGACAGAACACCGGCCGAAUGACAAAGGAGACCAACAUCCCCAUCCAACUAUUGUGUAGUGAUUACAGGACUCUAUUUUUUGUUUACGCAUGUCGACCAGCACCAAAGAUACACAGACGGGGGCUUUGAAAGAAAGGUGAAUCAGCCAAAGACGACAAGACACACGGUUGACAUUCAAUCCCUGGGUAGAAAGAAUCAAUGACCGAGGAGUCUGACUGCCCCUGUUCUCCUUCUUUGCCCUUCCUG